AUAUAAAUAUGGCCUAUGUAUAAAGAGUGAAGUUGAAGUAAAGAUAAGAUGUGAUGUCACUUAUGUUUGAUGAAAUAAAUGUCAAAAUGUUAUUUUUUUUCCCCAAUUAAUUUCUUUUUUAUUUUCAAAAUCAUAGUUGUCGGAUGAAUAUGAUAUACUAAAAAUAAUUCAAUUUUUCUGUGAAUUUCUGCAAAAGGAUAAUAUAUAACAUCAUUCCAAUAUUACUAUAUUAGAUAAAAAAAUCAUGUGAUACGAUGCAAUGUUUGACUUCAACAAGAAACUUUUAAUAGUAAAAAAAAUAAUAUACUGUGCUCGUCUUUUAAAUAUAUUCAUAACUAUUUAUGAAUUACGAUUUAUGAAAAAAAUAUAUAAAAUUAAUAAAUUAAAUAAAGAUUUUUAAAUACUUAUCAUAGUUGCAUAUACAGGAAUAUGUUUUAAGUAAUACUUUUAAUGUUAAAAGAUUAUAUCAUAUAAGUUAUUAUAAUAAAUAAAACAAUGAUUGAUGAAAUUAAUUUUAAAUUUUAAAUGAAAUUGUAAAAUUAAUAUUUUUAACAUAAUUAUCAUAAGCAUAAAAGAUUUCAUUCUUUACAAUGAGUAUUAUAUGUAUGAGAUCAUAUAAAAGUGCUAAUAUAAUAGAAACCUUAUUGUGUAGAAGAUAUAUAUCAGAUUUUUCAUUUGUUCCUAAAUGUGAACCUAUAAAGGAAUCAUAUUUAUUAAAAUUAAAAGAUUUUAUUGAUAAUCAUAAUAAUAUCUGUGUACUAACAGGAGCAGGAAUAUCGACAGAAAGUGGUAUUCCUGAUUAUAGAUCUCAAGAUGUUGGUCUUUAUGCAAGAAGUAAUCAUAAACCAGUUCUUUAUAAAGAUUUUUGUAAUAGUGAUGCUAUUAGAAGACGAUAUUGGGCUAGAAAUUAUAUAGGUUGGCCAAGAUUUUCUUCUAUCAAACCAAACAAUACACAUAAAAUAUUAACAAAAUUAGAAAAUGCAAAUAAAAUAAGAUAUAUUGUUACCCAAAAUGUUGAUAAUUUGCAUACAAAAGCAGGUAGCAAAAAAGUGAUAGAAUUACAUGGAACAGCAUUUAGAGUAAUGUGCCUUAAUUGUAAUGAAAGAAUAUGCAGAUAUUAUUUGCAAGAUAUUUUUGAUAGAAUUAAUCCAAAUAUGACAGUAACUAGUCAAAUGAUCAGACCUGAUGGAGAUGUGGAAUUGACACAAGAGCAAGUAGAAAAAUUUAAAGUUCCAAUAUGUGAAAAAUGUGAUGGUAUUCUUAAACCAGAUAUAAUUUUCUUUGGUGAUAAUGUUCCACAUCAAAUUGUAGAAAAUAUAAAAUAUAAUAUUGAGCAUUCAGAUUCCCUUUUAAUUAUAGGUACUACAUUAACUACAUUUUCUAGCUAUCGAAUAGCAUUACAAGCUAAUAAUAUUGGAAAACCUAUAGCUAUAUUAAAUAUUGGAAAAACUAGAGUAGAUAAUCUUGCAAAAAUUAAAGUGGAAGGUAGAUGUAGUAACGUCCUAUCGAGAAUUUAUUCAAUGCUUAAUUAGCAUAAAAAAUAUUAAAAUAUUAUAUUUUAUAUUUUAAUGAAAUAUUUUAAUGGAAAUAAUAUAAGUAAUUUUUUAAAUCAUGGCUGUAAUUAUUUUAUCAUUAUUUAUGUAUGAUUCAUAUAAAUAAAAGAUUUUCAAUAAAUUUACAAA